AUGGGUGAGAGUGAUCAUUACGGCUUUUCAUUAACAACCUUCAGCCCUUCGGGGAAGCUGAUGCAGAUUGAAUAUGCUUUGAAUGCUGUAAAAAAUGGGCAGCCGUCCGUGGGAUUACGAGCCUCUGAUGGCGUCGUUUUAGCUACUGAAAAUAAAGCAUCAGUAUUAUAUGAGGAUCAGCCAAAAGCAGAAAAAAUAAGCCAGCAUAUCGGAUGUAUUUAUAGUGGCAUGGGACCUGAUUAUAGGAUACUCGUCAAAAAAGCUCGAAAAUUAGCAGCAGAAUAUGAGUUGAUGUACGGAGAGGAAAUACCGACCACGCAACUUGUAACAAAAUUAGCCGCUGUGAUGCAAGAAUAUACUCAGUCUGGUGGUGUUCGACCUUUUGGUGUUUCGAUGCUCGUUGCCGGAUGGGAUCAAGAGCCUAAUAAUGGCCGGCCGCUUUUGUUUCAGUGUGAUCCUUCGGGGGCCUAUUUUGCGUGGAAAGCUACAGCUCUGGGGAAGAAUGACGUAAAUGCAAAAACGUUUCUGGAAAAACGAUUCAAUGACUCUUUAGAACUAGAUGAUGGUAUUCACACGGCAUUGUUGACCCUAAGGGAAAGUUUUGAUCUUGGUAUGACUGAAGAUAACGUGGAAAUCGCCAUUUGCAAUAAGAAUGGAUUCACGCGUUUAUCUAAACAACAAGUAAAAGAUCAUGUCGGUGCACUCUAA